CUCCUAUGCUGUGGUUAAAAUUAAAAAAGAUGAACAUAACAUAUUAUGCCAUCUAGUGAUGAAAUGUCUAUUUCUUUUCGUUAAAUCUGAUUGAUGCGCGAAGAAUAUUGCGCUUGAUAUCGUUGCAUAGUUGGAUACGAGUGAUCAAAACGACUAAUUCUCUACGUAAGGUUAGAUAAUUGAAUCAUAAAACGAUAUCUUGGAAAAAGAAAUUUUUAAUUCAGCAUGUGAAUCGUGACUUAACAGUAACGUUUAUAUUUUUUCCAUGAAACUAAUUUAAUCGCAGCUCAGUUAUGCUUUGCGUAAAAUAUGUCAAGAAAAAUAAUACCACAAUUCUGUUUAAUAUAUUAUCAAAGGGUUGCUAUUCUCGACGUAGCAAUAAAAGCACAAACUCAUAUAAAAUCGUUCAAGCAAAUAGUGAAAACUUGAAUGAUGUGGAUGGUGCUAUGCUUGGAAUAAAUUCUAAUUGGGAGCUUUUAACACCUAGAGGAUUCAGAUUUUAUUUACCGGGAAGCAUUGGCCCUGGUUGGUCAGAUGUAACCACAACUAUUCAAGUUAGAACGCAAUUAGUUGACUUUCAUGACAAUGAUAAACAGAUAUCGAUAGAUGAUUCUAAAGAAAAAUCUGUUCCUCGAUCAAAUCGUUUGAAAGGGACUCAACAUUCAAUGCUUCAUUGUGUUGCACAAGAAUGCCCUUUACUGUUGAGAAAAGGUAUAGAGGAAUUAUUUCCUGGAUGUUUAGAUGUUGGUUCUCCACAACUUACUAUAAUUACUAUCAGUCAAUCAAUUAAUUUUAAAGUUAUGAAAUGGAACAAAGAAAUAGAAACUGAGAAAUUAGCUAAAUAUUUUGUAUUAGCAGCUUCAGAUAUUUGUGCAAAAUUAAGGAGAAUGGGUUAUUGGGCAGAUUUCAUCAAUCCAUUUAGUGGACAACCACAUUUAAAUUUACAAAAAAAUAAUACUCUUUAUAAAACGGAUGAGCGAUUUCGAUGUUUAGGAUUUAAAAUAUUACAUAGAAACAAUUGUAAAAUUAUUUUAUACGAUAAUAAUGCAAAGAAUUUUUUGGUUCAAAACGGUCAUGGCACCGUUGUGUAUAUUACAGGAAAUCUCUACACCACAGCGCCUGCGAGUACAGAAUUUUUAAAAGAAAUUCUGUACGAUUGCGAGCUUGUAAAUGUUAACGAAGCUUAAUAAAAAUAAAAUGAAAGGGAACAAGGGAAAACAGAGUAUUGAUACAAUAUAUAUUUUAAUAUAUGUUACAUGUGUCACUGAAAUAUUUCAAUCUUUAAAUUAAGUUAUAUUAUAUAAUUGUAAAAAAAAUUUUCAUUCGAAAUCGAAUGUAAAAUGCUUUUUUUUCGAUAUAUAUUUUUUGAGUAUACAUUGUUUCAUAAUUGCAACUUGUGCAUCUUGUUCGAUUCACGCAUCGAUAUUUGUUAUCUUACUACUUCUGCGUCGAAAAUAUAUAAAAUUAUUUUUUUAAAGGAUGUACAAUAUAUGUCAUAUAUUACGAAUGCUAUAUUGUAUGUAAAUUGAAACGAUCAAUAGGUAACUAAUACCACCGGCAGGAGAGUUCUUGAUCUGAACAUAAAAUAAAAGGUAUUUAUCUAGGCGCGCACAAAUAACUUCAAGUUUCAGUUGAACGUGAAAUAAUGAAAAAGGGAAUGAUUUUUUAAUGAGAAAAAAAAAUUGUCAAUCAACUUCUAAUUUACGGAAAAAACCAGAUAUACCACACAAAUCAUUGUUUGAAACAUACUGACAAUCUGUCGAUGAAAUUUCAAUAUACAUAUCAUCGAGAUCUUUUAUUCGAUUCCUUUGUUCCUUCAAAGUUUUUUUGAAAUUAGCUGGAAAACAAAAUUAAAAUUAACACUAAUAC